GAAAUCCGUGUCCAGCCCAGUCCGAGCCUUAUAAAAUGUGAAGACCUGAUGUGUCUGAACUGAGAGAACCUGAGAGCUCUGUAAUCAUGAAGCUUAUUCUUGCUGUGCUGGUGCUGGCGCUGGUGUUGGUGGUCGGGACCCAGGCUCAAUGGCACCGCUACCCAGGACAAGCCAUUGGAGGAGCAAAGGACAUGUAUCGUGCUUACCAAGAUAUGAGGAAGGCCAACUGGAGGGGCGCAGACAAGUAUUUCCAUGCACGUGGGAACUAUGAUGCUGCAAGAAGGGGCCCUGGAGGCAAAUGGGCAGCCAGAGUAAUCAGUGAUGGAAGAGAGGCUCUGCAGGGACUCUCUCGCCGCGGUAAUUCAGAUGCUGCAGCAGACCAGGCCGCCAACCGCUGGGGACGUAAUGGUGGUAACCCCAACCGCUACAGACCCAAGGGCCUUCCCAGAAAGUACUGAAAAGAAGAGCAUUAGUGCAACAGAAAAUGAGUGAAAUCAUUUAGCUCUAAAACUGCUUGAUUCAAUUUUGCAUAAAACCAUUUCACUCUUUUUUUUAAUCUUGACAGUUAUCUUUCAUUAAAUCUACAUUUAUCACCCCAAAAAAAUGCAAGCUUUACGUUUUAGCACCAUUUAGUCUAUGUAACACACACUCUGGUCUGAAUAAAGGAAGCAAGCUCAUUUGUA